AUGAAGACCAAGACCCCCGGCAGCGCCACGAUCCCCCCCGACAGGCGGCAAGGCGCGACCGUCUGGCUCCAGCCUGUCCCCAACUUUGUCACACAGCAGAUCACGUACAAAUGGACUGACGGUGCGAACCGAAAGGUUCCACGAAGCGCAACAAGCCUUCUCCCAGACCUCUCAUGGACCCAGGCAAAGAUCGAAGCAGUUAUCAAACGCGACCACAAGGAACUCGAUAGGGUGGGCCGCCUCAACAUGAACGCUGCCGUCUACUACGCCCGGGAGCAGCUCCUCAGUCAUCUCAAGCUUGACCGCCGCGACGGAAGCCGAAAGGGUCACAAACGCUGCAAGGCUUGUAAAACGCGCGGGGUGUCAGACAUGCAGGAGUUUCAAGAGAUCCGCCUCUGCGGGGACUUCAUUGCGGCUUACAAAGAUCUCUCGGCUGGGUACUUUGCGCACGAGAAGCAGCCUCUUGUCGGCCCAUCUUUCACGUAG